CGUACACGUACACCCCCUUCACUUCAUUUAGACUGUCGCUUAGAGUGGAUAUACCGGGAAUGGGAUCUUCACCGAGAGCUAAGAAAAACUUUCAAUUUUUCCGCGUUUAUGCCCUUCAGAGACUCCUCUUUAUCUUGCGGGAAUAAUUGGGAGCAAACAAAAACAAGACAUUGUAUUCCAAUGUGAAGAAUCGUAGUAGGCUAUAGGUGUGAGUGUAAGAAGUUUCCUGAAAAGAAAUACGAAUGGGAUAAAUUCUGUAAACAAGAUUGCAUAGCAUAAAAGGAAUUUUAAUAUUCGGAACCUUUCCCUAAAUCAAUUUUACAGAUUUUCCAAAUUAGCUUAAAUAAAUUCAAAAUAUUUUUUUUUAAAGCUAAACAAACAACCUUGCACUGAACAGCCGAACCUGAACUGUGCGUUAAAGUGUUGUUAAUUUAGACAAAACAUAAUUAUAGGGCCAUAGUGAUAUUGUAGAAGCCGAUUAUUAUUAAAAAGGGGUUGCGCUUGUGUAUGGAGACAGGCGCGGACACCUGUGCGUAUUCACCAUGGCGAAGUGGUUUAAAGAUUUCCCAACUAGUUUGAAGACUGGAUCCGACCGCAUCCGUUCUGCUUCGGAAUCGGGAACUCAGUCCCGACCCAAACCGGUUCUGACUGUCGGUACUGGUUCGAAAGGGAGUCUGCGUAAAAAUUCUGGAGCGGAAAACGGUGGUGGUGGUGUUGGUUCGCUUCUUCACGGGAGAAAUCGUAAAAAUUCGGCCAUCGAGCUGGGACGGAACCACUCCAGCACUGGCUCGAUAAAAGACGGGAAGAUAUGGGAAAUUCUGAUCCCUGGGAAAAGUAAGAAACACACCAAAAUGGAGGGGUUUGAAGACCAUCGCACUCUGCGGACCACCAGUCUCGCUGACGCGUACAUGAGCAGAAUGAUCAAGGUUAAUGAUCCAAAAUCCAGUGCAGGAGGAUCAUCUCCAGACAGCGAGAGGGCCAAGUCACCAAUCAGAACAGAAACGAUCAUCCUGGAGGACUAUGCUGACCCAUUUGAUGCUGAGAAAACGAGGGAACAGAGAGAGGCUGAAAGAGAAGGAGAGAAUGAUGGUUACAUGGAACCAUAUGAUGCCCAGCUCAUUAUUACAGAGAUUCGCCGACGAGGCUCGAAGGACUUGCUGAAAGUGUGUGUGGUGUUGAAUGGAGGAGAAAGCGAAGGCUCUGGACCCCCUCAGAUCUAUGAUGUCCCAUAUGAGGAGGUUCUGGAGGGAAUCCCCUUGACCCGACCUGAGUCUGACCCCAGACCACCGGCAGAGUAUGAGCUGCCCUGGGAAUGGAAGAAGGAGCAGAUUAUUAGAGCGCUGUCAGCUCAGUUUGAUGGAAUAGACCGCAUGUCGAAGGAAGAAUCAGGUUCUCCUACUGUAAAACAGCAGACACUGAGACAUAAGAGCUGGACCCCUAAAACCCUUCGACCGAAUCCCCCAUCCCCGACUUCCCCUUCAUCUCCCAGCACCACCCCAGACACUGAGACACCAAUUGUUGAUCCCACCCUGCCUUUGGAGAAACAGAGUUGGUAUCAUGGCAGUGUGAGUCGUCAGGAGGCAGAGGCUCAGCUGCAGCACUGUAGGGAAGCCAGCUUCCUGGUGCGAGACAGCGAAUCAGCUACCAGCAAAUACUCCAUCGCCCUCAAGACGAGUCAAGGGUGUGUGCACAUCAUCGUAGCGCAGACUAAAGACUGUGGCUACACACUGGAAAAGAGCAGCUGUGUGUUCCCAAGCAUCCCAGAAGUGGUGCACCACUACUGCACCCAGCGCCUUCCUUUCACCGGGGCAGAACACAUGACCCUGCAGCACCCCGUGCCACGCACACACUAAAAACACACACAAACACAUGCUGAACUUAUACAUAUUCACAGCGGUCUCUGGUGCAAAGAUGUGAAUGUACAAUACCAUGGAGCCUGCCAAUCAAAUGCCAGCAAAGCACAGCUUAAAACUCCUUGUCUUACUGUAUGUAUGUAGAUGUGCGCAUGGAAAGGAAUAAGUGAACAAGUGGAACUUGUGUUUUAGCUCAUUUGAAAACAGGGUUUUCCUCAAAUACGACACUAGAAAGGAGGAAAUGUAUUUCAAAGAAACUGUAGUUUAAGCGCAACAGUUUACGCAAUGCGUAUCUGUUGCACACUUGUGUUUUGUUAUUUCCUCAUCCCUUGUUUGAGUGGGUUGGGACUGUGGCCUCAUAAAUUCAUUCCCAAUCAUUUUUUUACUGAUCUAAUUUUGUGCCUGAAGGAGUGACUCACAUCUUGACUCUUCCUGCUGGCAGCAGCGGUAAACUGCAGCAGUAUCACUCCAUUGUGUUACUUUCCCUGAAGAGAAACAGUUUACUCCCUUCAACAUUGCAUUUAAGUGGCCCGAAUCUGCACAGUUGAUAUUUUUAGGAUCCUUAGCGUAGAUUUUAGUUUUGAAUUGUAGCUGAAUUCUCAUAUUAUUUUUACUUCUGAGAAAAGAAAAAAAAAAAACACUUCGCCACACAUUGACAGUUCAGUUAGAUCAUUAGUUUGGAUCAAUACAGCAAAUUGAAGCUAGCUCGUUCAUCAGAUAAAUGAGUCAUUGCCGUUGAUUGGCUAAUGUUCUUGUCUGUAUGUGAUAAAACUUUUUAUUGAUUGGUUUGAGUUUAGAUGUUGAAUGGAUUUACUGACCAUGCAGUCAUACUCGGAUUCAUGGCGUACCGAAUGUGGCAUCACUGGUGAUGGGAAGUUAUGUUUAAAUGUAUGUUGUUGUUUUUUUAAAGGUAACAUGUUCCAUUUUAAUCUUAAAGGAUGCUAAAUUUGAUUCUUGUUUAAUCUAUAUGAGAGAAAUGUGAUGGGGAAAAUGCAUGUUCACUGAAGAUUUUGCCUUUGUACAAUGUAAGACUGUGCAAAGCCUGAAAUAAAGCAAAUUUGUUACA